AAGCUCCCACAGCGGAUCCAUGGAUGGAAGAAUCCACCUCGUCUCGCCUCGUCCAAGGCUGCUGACCGCGGAUUUCGAAUUGCAAUCGCCAUGUCGCCCAUUGGCUUGUGACGUUCUUGCAUAGAACGGCCGUCUUGCGCGAAUUCGCUCGCACAACCAGCCGUAUGCAUCGCCCGCAGCUUGCCUUGGGCCGCGGCCUGAACAGGCUGGUGCCGUCGCCCUCGUCCCGCCGCUGCUACGUCACAGACGCAGACGUCGAAUCGGCGCGGCGAUACUGUUUGACGCAGCUCCACACGAGUGAUUAUGAUGCGCACCUCCUUCGCCGCUUCGUCCCCCCUCCCGUUCAAGACACCUACGCCGCCCUCCGUGCCCUCAACCUCGAGCUCGUCCGCCUCCCCGAGCUCGUCUCCAACCCCACAAUCGGCGCCCUGCGCAUGAAGUUCUGGCAGGAGUCCCUCGACAACACAUUUGCGGGCCGACCUCCCCGUGAGCCCAUCUGCCUCCUCCUAUACAAGGCGUUGCAGGAUCUGGAGGAGAGAGCCGGCGGCGCGACCAAGAAGUCCAUCAAGUUCUGGGUAUCGCGCCUCGUCAAGACGCGCGAACGGCACAUGGACAACAGACCGUACGCGAGCCUCGCUGGCCUGGAAGAUUACGCGGAGAAUACGUACUCAACCAUGAUGUACGCAACCCUGGCAUCGACGCCUCUGCGGUCUAUGCACAUCGACCACCUCGCCAGCCACAUCGGCAAGGCCUGCGGCAUUGUCGCGGUCCUGAGGGGGAUUCCGGUCUUGGCGGCACCCGCGCAGCCAGUCAAGACCCCAUCAGGCGUCAACGCCCCGAUCACGAGGGAGCCGUCUCUGCUGCUGCCCCUAGACGUAAUGGCCGAGGAGGGCGUCAAGGAGGAGGAGGUGUUCCGGCAAGGACCCAACGCACCGGGCCUCCAGGACGCCGUGUUCAAGGUCGCGACGCGCGCCAAUGACCAUCUCAUCACGGCGCGGGAGAUGCUCAAGCGGCUCAAGGAGGGCCAGGACCCCGGCCACGACUUUGAGCACGAGGGCGAGGCAGAGCACAUCUAUGGUGAGGAGAAUGACACUGUCCGCGAGAUACGUCAAAGCUUCGGCGUCCUGCUGGAGGCAGUACCGGCGGCCCAGUUUCUGGAGAACUUGGAAAAGGCAAACUUUGACCCGUUUGCCGUGAGGAGUAGCGGCUGGAGGUUGCCUUGGAGGAUAUGGCAGUCCCUGUCCAAGGAGCGGCUCUAAUGUCCUGGGCCGCGGUGUACCCCAGGAAUGCUGUCCGACGCAUGUACCAUAUGAUGUGUACCAUACUAUAACACGCCGCUCGAACGGCAGGCCACGCGAGAGUGGUCAAACCCCAUCUCAAUGCAGCCCGGACUGGGAGGAGCCGCUGUGCAAGAUCGGCACCCAUCUUCAGUCACCUGAUGUACGGAGUGCUUGGUAGUUCCAUGACGUCCAAGUCAUCGCUCGAGACAGCGACGACUUCUCGGUACAAAGUACUUCGUAUUCUGUACUCCAUCCUCGAG